AUGGCAUCAAUGAGCAAGAGAACCCAGGCGCGGAAUGAGCGGGAGCUUCACGAGUUGCUCUCCGUCGCCGGGAAUUCACAAUGCGCCGAUUGUGGUGCGAAGAACCCGGCGUGGGCGAGCUGGAAUCUGGGUGUCUUCCUCUGCAUGCGAUGUGCCUCUCUGCACCGUAAACUGGGCACUCAUAUCUCCAAGGUCAAGUCUCUGAGCAUGGACACCUGGUCAACGGAGCAGGUUGAGAACAUGAGGCGCAACGGCAACACCGCGGUCAACAAGAUCUACAAUCCCAAGAACAAGAUGCCCGACAUGCCCUUUGAUGUCGACGAGGUCGACUCGGCCAUGGAAAGAUUCAUACGCAAGAAAUACCAGGAAAAGAGUCUCUCGGACGGCAGACCCGAACCUCCUCAGCGCGACGACAAUCCUCCGUCCAGCUAUUCCAGACCCCAAGGAGGAGAUCUCGAUUCUCCUCCGCCCCCUUUACCUCCCAAGAAGGGCAAAUUCUUCGGAUUUGGUCUUCGAGCCUCGUCUUCCGCCUAUAGCCUGUCGAAGCACGAUAAGAAGAAACACCAGAAAGAGCCCCGGGUAGAUAGCACGUUCCGCAUUCCCACUGGCGAUUAUGAUUCACGAAUGGACGAUGCGCGCUUUGAGAUGACAGAUGCCGAGUUACAAACGAAGUUGGCGACAUUGCGAGACAUGGGCUUCAGCAACACGGACCGCAACACGAAUUUGCUGCGACGGUUGAAUGGGAAUGUGGAAAGGACAAUUGAAGCAUUGGUCCAACUUGGGCCGAGUGAGAAUGGAAAUACCGCUUCCUCCAGGAGGCAGGGACCUACACCUACUGCGAGUCAAGAGCCUACACCCAAACCUCAAGAGCCGUCGUACAACCCAUUUACAUCCAUGAACAACCAACAAACUGUUGGUCUGUCAUUGGCAAAACCCCAAGAGCCCUCGACUCCGACCAGCGGAACAAGCUACAACAGCAACAACCCCUAUGCUCAGCCUAAUCGCAGCCCGUCCCAGACGGGACUCGAACAAUCCUUUCAGUCCAUGCAAGUUUCUCAGCCCUUGUUCCCUCACAGCACCGGGGGAUAUCCGAGCCAGCCGCCUCCUUUACAGGAUCCUCGGUUUCAGUAUUCAAUGACACCUCCGGUCACGUCGACGCAAUUCCAGCAAGGAUAUGUGGCGUCACCCGCAGCGAUUCCUGUCACGAGCAAUCCCUUCUUCCAACCUACCCCAGUGUCGGCUCAGUCGACGGGGAACAACCCGUUCCUUUCCCAGGUACCUUCAUCUCCUUCAUCAAACCCUUUCUUGAACGUACAGUCACCUGGGCAAUCGGCACAAGUGCAACAACGACAAAGCUCGCUCCCAGCAAGUUUCAAUCCCUUCGGAAUACCGCCCUCCCAAGCUUCCCCCCCUCGACCAGUACAACAACCGCAGCUGCAGCAACCCCAAGACCUGUUCGGGACUGCCCCUCAGAAUCAACCCCAGCCGAACAACCCUUUCCAGCAACAGGGCAUACAGCAGCAGCAGCAGCAGCAGCAGUAUUCUCAAGCGAUGAACUCUCAAAUACCCCAAACCCAAUCUCCUUUUGCCAAUUUCCAGUACACUCAACAGCAAAUACAACCUCAGCAACAGACACAGUCGCAAUCGAUGCCAAUGUCACCGCCUCAAGUUCAGCAACAGCCACCAUAUUCACAGCCGCAAUUCUCUCAGCAGAACCAGCAGCCUAUGGUGCCCCAACAAACAGGCCGCUACGACAAGAGUUCCAUCUUGGCUCUUUACAACUACCCUCAACUCGCUCUUCAGCCACUCGCAUCGAUCCCAGAACCUGCAUCUGAACAGCAACAGCCGCAACAACAGCCUCAACAGCCGGUAUCAUAUAGCCCCUCGGGCGAUAUUUUCGGCAACAACCAUCUCUCGCCCGCGAAACGUAGCGCAACCAUGCCCGUUUCACUGUCGAACAUGCAUUCCGCCGGUGGAAGCGGGAACCGCAAUCCAUUCAUGACCAACGUGACCAACACCAACCUGAACACCGUCAAUACAAACGGCGCUUUCAAUCCUUUUGGAGGUGCCGGUGCCAAUCCAUUCGGAUCUCCUCACCAGGGACAGGUCCAGGUCCAGGUCCAGGCUCAAACCCAGACUCGCGAACAAAGUUUCCAAGGUUUUGCGCAGCAGCAGUCCUACGGGCAGGCGAUGGCCAUGCCCGGCGGCAUGGGUGCCGGGAUGGGAGGCACAGGAGGAGGCGGACAGAGACCACAACAGGGCAUCGCGGCGCGACACGCCAGCGCCGAGAGCAUGAGCAUCAACAACCUGGAAGCAGGAAGACACAGUCCCGACGCCUUUGCGAAUCUGAGCGCGCGAUACAUGAGGUGA